ACUCUUUUCAACGUGGUGCAUGAAAUUAGGAAUCCACAUGCAAAGUUGUCUUCAAAAAGAAAGAGUGUGUAACUGAGUCACUGAAUUUUCGAGAGAGAGAAACAAAAACCCCUCGUGAUGGGCAGCUUCAUGUACAUUACCAUCCUAUUUCUUGGUAUGACCUCAGCCGUUUAUUCCUGCCCGCCAUCUGAUCGGGCAGCAUUGCUCGCUUUUCGAGCUGCCCUAAAUGAACCCCACUUGGGAAUUUUCAACUCAUGGAAAGGUUACGACUGUUGUCAUGGAUGGUACGGGGUGAGUUGCGAUCCAUUAACUCAUCGAGUAGCUGACAUUAACCUACGAGGUGAAUCUGAGGAUCCUCUCUUCGAAAAAACUCAUCGUACCGGUUACAUGACCGGAACGAUCUCUCCAGCUAUAUGUAAGCUGGAGAGGCUAUCAAGCCUUACUAUUGCUGAUUGGAAAGGCAUUACUGGUACCAUUCCAUCAUGUAUUACGUCCUUACCAUUACUCCGAGUCAUUGACCUAGUCGGAAACAAGCUCACCGGACCAAUCCCCUCUCAGAUAGGUCGAUUGAGUCGACUCACCGUGUUAAACGUAGCUGAGAACAAUCUUUCUGGCUACAUCCCUCGUUCGUUAACCAAUUUAUCAUCUUUAAUGCAUUUAGAUAUCCGAAACAACAGCAUCUAUGGAACGUUACCAACAAAUUUUGGGAAAUUAAGGAUGUUGAGUCGAGCUUUGUUGAGUCGAAACAGGUUGUCGGGUCGUAUACCAUAUUCCAUUUCAUAUAUCUAUAGGCUUUCCGAUUUGGAUCUUUCUUUGAACAGAUUCUCCGGUAGCAUACCUCCAUCACUAGGAAAUAUGCACGUUCUUGCAACAUUAAAUCUUGAUGGUAACAAUAUUUCUGGUACUAUACCACCUCGUUUGAUUAAUUCACGUAUCAACAUUUUGAACUUGAGCAAGAACUCUAUUGAAGGGUACAUUCCUGAUUCAUUUGAUGAAAGAUCUUACUUUAUGGUAAUGGAUUUAUCAUACAACAAAUUAAAAGGAAGGAUUCCUAAGUCCAUAUCAUCGGCAACAUUUAUUGGUCACUUUGACAUUAGUCAUAACCACCUUUGUGGUCAGAUUCCGGCAGGUUCUCCAUUCGACCACCUUGAAGCUUCCUCUUUUACUUAUAAUGAUUGUCUAUGUGGGAAGCCCCUUAAACCUUGUCAUUAAGUGUAAUAACUGCUACUCCUAUUAGGUAAAUUUAAUUGUAAUAUUUUAAUGUUUUUUGGAGAUUUUUAACACUUUAUAUAUGGUAAAUAUGCUUGUAUUAUGUGA